GAUAGUUUGUCGUCGUCUCUUGAAGCAACCGAUGGCUCCGGUUUAUUCUCUAUCCAAAGCCAUGGGCUCCAAGCUCUUCCUAACCACAUCUGCUACUGUUCUUCUCCUCUCCGCCUUCCUCUCAGUACUCGACCACUUCUCGCUUCCCAGCGUCGACGAGGAAUCCGAUCUCCGGAAUGUCAUUCCGAUAGCUGGCGCGGCCGGACCAGAGAGCCUCGCCUUCGAUCCGCAAGGCGGUGGCCCGUACACCGGCGUCUCCGACGGCCGGAUCAUCAAGUGGCUGCAAGACGAGCGGCGGUGGAUUGAUUUCGCCGUCACCUCUGCGCAGAGAGAAGGGUGCGAGGGUGGGGGACCACAACACGGCGAGCAUGAGCAAAGGGAGAGCAUUUGUGGGCGUCCAUUGGGCCUGGGCUUCAACAAGAGGACCGGCAAUCUCUUCAUUGCCGAUGCCUACAUGGGCCUGCUCGUUGUGGGCCCCCAGGGCGGCCUGGCCACCCCCAUUGCAACUGAAGCUGACGGUGUCCCCUUCGGCUUCACCAACGGUUUGGACAUUGAUCAACAAACUGGGUUUGUCUAUUUCACCGACAGCAGCUCCCGUUACCGCCGGAGGAACUACGUCUCGGUGAUAGCCAGGGGAGACAGCACGGGGAGGCUAUUGAAGUACGAUCCCGGAAGCGGGCAAACAACCGUUAUUCUCGGCAACCUCACCUUCCCCAAUGGAGUGGCUCUGAGCAGAGACGGCGACUUCCUUCUCGUCGCCGACACCACCAAUUGCCGGAUUCUGAAGGUUUGGCUCCAAAGCUCAAAUGCCGGUAGGGUCGAAGUCUUCGCCGGCGGGCUGCCGGGAUUUCCGGACAACAUCCAGAGGAACGAGGCAGGAGAGUUUUGGGUGGCGAUUCACGCCAGGAGAGGGCAGCUUCUGAAAUGGGUUCUGUCGUUUUCUCGGGUCGGGAGAGCCGUGGUUGAAGUGUCUCCGUUUGAUCUCACGAAGCUGCACUCCGUUCUUGGGAAGUGGAGCGGGUCCGGAUCCAGGUUGGUGGGGGUGAGGUUAAGCAAGGGUGGAGAAGUGGUGGAAGUGGUGGAAGAUGGAAGGAGGAAUGGGUGGAAGUUUGUGAGUGAGGUGAAGGAGAGAGAUGGAAAACUGUGGAUUGGAUCAAUAAGCAUGCCCUUUGUGGGGAUGCAAGAAAUGGAGAAAGCUUCCUAGCUAAGAAGUAAGAACUGAACUGCGCGCGCGCGCACACGCACAUAUAUAUAUAUAUAUAUGUAUUAGGGCAUUCUAAAUGGAAAUGGAAACCAAAAGAGCAUAAUGAAAAGAAUGAUGGGAAUAUUUAGGGGGUGAAAAUUUGUUAGUCACAAUACUUCUUUUACUUACCCAUAUGAAAAGAAAAAAAAACAAGGACAAUACUUGCUUUAGCAGAGAAAUCAAUGAAAUGGUGAAUUAUUA